AAAUCUUCAUCUCUCUCUCCAACUCUCUUCUCACCAGAAGCUGAGUAUGGAUCUCCUCACACCACUCAUCUUCCUCAUCCUCCUCUCACCAAUUCCUCUCUCAGAUGCUGGUUCCAUCGGAGUAAACUACGGUCGAAUCUCAGACGAACUACCAUCAGCAUUCAAAGUAGUCCAACUCCUUAAAUCUCAAGGAAUCAACAGAGUCAAAAUCUUCGACGCAGACCCAUCAGUUCUCAAAGCUUUAUCUGGAUCUGGAAUCAAAGUCACCGUAGAUCUCCCCAACGAGUUACUCUUCUCCGCCGCCAAAAGAACUUCCUUCGCCGUCUCAUGGGUCAAACGUAAUGUAGCUGCUUAUCAUCCUUCAACACAGAUAGAAUCAAUCGCUGUUGGUAACGAAGUCUUUGUUGAUACACACAACACUACAAGCUUCUUGAUCCCUGCAAUGAGAAACAUUCACAAAGCUCUUAUGAGUUUCAAUCUCCACUCCGACAUUAAAAUCUCCUCUCCUCUUGCUUUAAGCGCUCUUCAAAACUCUUACCCUUCUUCCUCCGGUUCUUUCCGACCAGAACUCGUUGACUCUGUUAUCAAACCAAUGCUUGACUUCUUACGUGAAACUGGUUCAAGACUUAUGAUCAAUGUGUAUCCUUUCUUUGCUUAUGAAGGAAACUCUGACGUCAUUCCUUUAGAUUAUGCUUUGCUUAGAGAGAAUCCAGGAAUGGUUGAUUCAGGUAAUGGUUUAAGGUACUUUAAUCUCUUUGACGCUCAAAUCGACGCCGUUUUCGCAGCAAUGUCGGCUUUAAAGUACGAUGAUAUCGAAAUCAUUGUGACGGAAACUGGUUGGCCGUCAAAAGGAGAUGAGAAUGAAGUCGGAGCUACUUUAGCAAACGCAGCUUCUUACAACGGAAACUUAAUCCGUCGGAUCUUGACACGUGGAGGUACACCGUUACGUCCUAAAGCAGAUCUGACCGUUUAUCUAUUCGCUCUGUUCAACGAGAACAAGAAGUUAGGUCCAACGUCUGAGAGAAACUAUGGACUCUUCUUCCCUGAUGAGAAGAAAGUCUACGACAUUCCUUUCACAACAGAAGGGCUUAAACAUUACCGUGACGGUGGUCAUACUCCGGUCACCGGAGGAGAUCAGACCACCACGAAGCCUCCGAUGAGCGGAGGCGUCUCGAAGAGUUUAAAUGGUCAUUCUUGGUGUGUAGCUAAUGGUGAUGCUGGUGAAGAAAAGUUACAAAGUGGUUUAGAUUAUGCUUGUGGUGAAGGUGGUGCUGAUUGCAGUUCGAUUCAACCUGGUGCUAACUGUUACAGUCCUGAUACACUUGAGGCUCACGCUUCGUUUGCUUUCAAUAGUUAUUAUCAGAAGAAGGGUCGUGCCGGUGGGAGUUGUUACUUCGGCGGCGCCGCUUACGUCGUUAGCCAACCACCGAAGUAUGGAAGAUGCGAGUUCCCGACAGGAUAUUAAGGAAGAAGAAGAUUUAAGUUUAGAUUAAUUUCUGCUAUAUAAUAUAUUCGUAUUUUGAUG